AUGGCCACUACUACUACUACUACUGCUGAAGCCUUACCUCCAGGUACUCAGCGAAUCGAGGAUUUAGCUGGUGCACACAUCGUUCUUGCUCCACAGCCCAAUGCGGAUCCAAACCAGCCAUUGAAUUGGAGUCCCUGGCGGAAGAGCCUCCAUAUGGUUCUACUCUGCUUGUACGGACUCAUGGUGUUUGCCAUUCUAUGUGCCAGUCAACCUCUAUGGCAAAUCUUCUAUGGCGAGCUCGGAAUCAGCUAUGCCACCUUGAACAAUGGAUAUGCGGCCAACACGGCAACAUUGGCUGUUGGUUGCGUCUUCCUCGUUCCGAUCGCCCUUCGGUAUGGGCGACGACCCAUGUAUCUCCUCACUGCGCUCUUCCUGUUGGGAAUUGCCAUCUGGCAAGCUGUAUUUUACACCGGGGAGGAAUAUCUCGCAUAUAGUACGCUUUGUGGGAUUGCCGGGGCGCUCAACGAGGCCUUGUUCCAAGUCACGAUAUCGGAUCUCUUCUUCGUCCACCAGCGAGGAACCAUGAAUGGAUGUUUCCUCAUCUCGGUCAACGCUGGAGUCUACCUCAGUCCUGUGGCCGCGGGCUACAUCGCCGCAUCUCACAACUGGCGCUGGAUUUUUUGGAUUUGUACCAUCAUUACGAGCGUUCUCAUCGUCGCCAUGGUCCUCUUCUUUGAAGAAACGAAAUAUACCCCCCCAACCAUGCUGGGCCAUAAUCCGGAAGAGACCAGCAAUGAAACUGUCAUCACCAAGAUAAGCAGUAUCUCGAAAGACCCAGUCAACCUCGGCAACAGCCAGGUACAGCAGACUAAAGGUGAUGGCGAGGGUGAACAAUAUGACUACUCUCCAAAUCAGCCCAAAAGACCCGUCCCGAUCGACACCUCGAUCCCAAUGAAUUCUUACCUUACACGCCUUUCGCUCUGGACCAGCGACAAAAUCCCCAGCACCCAAGACCGCGGAUUGUGGAAACACGCCUACUACCCCUUUGCGAUCCUUUUGCAAUUUCCUGCCGUGGCCCUCGCGGCCAUUGUCUACGGAUUCGACAUGGCCAUGCUCUCCAUCGUCACCAUCGUCCAGACAACCCUCUACCCUUACCCGCCCUAUAACAUGGGGACCAUCGGGGUUGGCAAUCUCAACAUGGCGCCCAUGGCUGGAGUUCUCCUAGGAUCUCUCUACGGCGGCCCCUUCGUGGACUGGGCGAUUGUCCAGAUCGCCAAACGUCGACAGGGCAUCUACGAGCCCGAAACCAGAUUGUGGAUGUUCAUCUUCCCUUCUUUAGUCCAAACAGCCGGAAUUUUCAUGUACGGCCUCACACUCGCCAAGGGUAUGCCAUGGCCCAUCAACGCCGUCGGGGCGGGAUUUGUGGGCUUCGGUUUGGGCGGCGCCGGUGAUAUCGUCCUCACAUAUUGUCAGGAUUGUUAUCAAUAUAUCCUAGGCGACGCUCUGACCAGCGUCGUCUUCGUGCGCAAUAUCAUCACCACCAUCCUGGUUUUCUCGAUCGCGCCUUGGAUGGAAGGCAUGGGCAUCUACAACAUGUUUGUCCUCCUCGGAUGCCUCAGCGCGGUUAUAUCCUUCUCUUGCGUCCCGUUUUUGUUCUGGGGGAGGGCUUGGCGCGUCAGGUUGGCGGCUAAGUAUAAGUAUUAUGCUUCGAAGCAGUAUUAA